AUGGAAGAGGGCGAAAAAGAUCUAAACCCCGAUUUUGAGAAAAAAGGAGACCCAGAAAGGCCGUUGAGCAAUGUACUCGCCAAAACGACGAGCGCAUAUACGAGCGGCUUCAGCGAAAAUGGGGAUGAGGGCGCGACGAGCCAGAAGGCUGCGAAGCGGACUUGGGGCGAGAGACUUAAUCCGUUAAAGCACAAGGUACUGCCGCCAGUACCAGAGGAGAGAGAAGUCUCCAGGGAAUACACUGCAGGAUUCUUCAGCAAGUUGACCUUCCAAUGGAUAGCCCCUCUUAUGAGCGUCGGCUAUCAACGAACCGUUGAAGUCCAGGAUCUGUGGAAAGUUAAUCCUACGCGAGAGGUCGAUCACUUAGCGAAUACAAUGAACGAGCACUUCAAGCGACGGGUGGAGGAGGGCAAGAAGCGACCAUUAGUAGGCGCGAUGUACGACACGUUCAAGAAGGAUUUCCUGACUGGCGCAGUUUGCCAAUUCUUCGGAAGCAUUAUCAUGGUGGUUAAUCCGUUCAUCCUACGGUAUCUAAUCCAGUUUGCCGGCGAAGCAUACGCUGCCCAGAAACAAGAUCUACCAGAACCGCAUAUCGGACGGGGGGUCGGCCUUGUCCUUGGGAUUUCGGGUCUGCAGCUGGUACAAACCAUUUGCAUUAACCACUUCCUCUACCGCGGGAUGAUGAAUGGCGGCGAAUCUCGGGCAGUACUGAUGGCGUUGAUCUUUGACAAGGCGAUGCGAUUGUCAGGACGCGCGAAAGCUGGCGGUAAGUCCCUGGAAACGCCGCCUCCAGAAGUCAAACCAGGAAGUGAGGAAGAAAAAGCAUGGUACCGGAAGCUGCUAAAGAAAAAGCGGAAGGAGCCUACCGACAACGGCUCAGAAAACGGGCAAGGCUGGAGCAAUGGCAGGAUUGUGAACCUCAUGUCAUCCGACACCUAUCGCAUUGAUACCGCAUCCGGGUUUUUCCACAUGCUUUGGUCCUCUCCUAUGAUCAUCUUGAUCACCUUGGCCCUUUUACUCAUCAAUUUGACAUAUAGCGCUUUGGCCGGUUUUGGAUUGAUCAUUAUUUCAAUGCCUAUCCUAGGGCGUACGAUGCGGAUUCUCUUCCACCGUCGUGAAGCUAUCAAUAAGAUUACCGAUCAACGCGUCGGCCUCACUCAAGAGAUUUUGCAAGCGGUCCGAUUUGUGAAGUUCUUUGGUUGGGAGAAGAGCUUCCUCGCUCGAUUAAAUGAGAUUCGAAAGCGAGAGAUCCUUUCGAUUCAGGUCUUGUUGGCCAUCCGGAACGCAAUCAACGCAGUCUCGAUGUCUAUGCCAGUCUUUGCAGCUAUGCUUGCUUUUAUUACUUACUCUCUGUCGAACCACGUCCUGGACCCCGCACCUAUCUUCUCUUCUCUUGCUCUCUUCAAUUCGUUGCGUCUCCCGCUCAAUUUCCUUCCGCUUGUCAUUGGUCAGGUCAUCGAUGCCCUAUCCUCGAUCGGCCGCAUCCAGGAAUUCUUACUUGAAGAAGAAGUGCACGAUGAUUGCGAAUGGGACUAUGAGCACAAGAACGCCAUUGUGCUCGAGCACGCGGAUUUUACGUGGGAGCGAACCCCGACCCAGGAAUCUGAAGAAGCGCCCGAAGAGGGGAGUAGAAAAGAGAAAAAGGCAGCAAAGAAGGCAGCAAAGAAGGUAGCAAAGGAGGCAGAAAAGAAAGCUGAGGCAACAGGGCCAGACACGGCGAAUGAAAGUGCGAGUACCCUAGCGGAAGACGAACCGUUUAAGAUCUACGAUAUGGACAUUGCGGUCGGCAGAAACGAAUUAAUAGGGGUCAUUGGGACGGUCGGUUCGGGCAAAAGCUCUCUUUUGGCUGCUCUCGCGGGUGACAUGCGCAAGACGGCCGGAAAGGUUGUUAUGGGUGCAUCGCGUGCGUUCUGUCCCCAGUAUGCGUGGAUCCAGAAUGCGACAGUGCGUGACAACAUUGUCUUCAGCAAGGACUUUGAUCGGACGUGGUACGAUAAGGUCAUCGAUGCAUGUGCACUGCGACCGGAUUUUGAAAUGCUGCCCGGGGGCGACCAGACCGAGAUCGGUGAACGAGGGAUUACGGUUUCUGGAGGUCAGAAGCAGCGACUCAAUAUUGCACGGGCCAUAUACUUCAACGCCGACAUCGUCAUCAUGGAUGAUCCACUGUCCGCAGUGGAUGCUCAUGUCGGCCGGCAUAUCAUGGAUCAGGCUAUUUGUGGACUGCUCAAAGACAAGUGCCGCAUUCUCGCUACCCAUCAACUCCACGUCUUGAACCGGUGCGAUCGGAUCGUCUGGCUUCAGGAGGGACGGGUCGCCGCGUUAGAUACCUUUCCUAACCUCAUGCAGCACAAUGAAGACUUCCAAAAGAUGAUGCUGACGACGGCGGUGGAGAAGGAGGAAGAGUCGGUCGACGAAGAUGAGAUCGAGGAAGAUAAGAAACAGCCCAAGAAGAAAACCAAGAAGCAUCGUCCUAAGGGACUGAUGCAGGCGGAAGAGCGUGCCGUGAAGAGUGUGUCGUGGGGAGUCUGGUUUGCAUUUAUCAAAGCGGGCGGCGGAUAUUGGGUUGCCCCUCUAGUGUUCAUCUUCCUGGCGAUGGCGCAGGCAUCAAAUAUUUUGACUAACCUUUGGCUUUCAUGGUGGACGUCCGGAAGGUUUGGCUUAAGUCAAGGUCAAUAUAUUGGUGUCUAUGCUGGACUCGGCUUCUCCCAAGCGGUCGUAAUGUUCCUCUUCUCCGUCUCUCUAUCAGUAUUCGGUACCGAAGCGAGCAAAAAGAUGCUCGCUCGAGCCAUCACCAAAGUUUUGAGGGCGCCGAUGAGCUUCUUCGACACUACUCCACUGGGACGUAUCACCAAUCGCUUUUCUAAAGACGUCGACACUUUGGAUAACAACCUGACGGAUGCCAUGAGGAUGUUCUACUUAUCGUUUGGCAUGAUAAUCUCGGUCUUCGCGCUCAUAAUUUCCUUCUUCCCCUAUUUUGCCGUCGCCCUCGUGCCGUUGCUAACUAUGUUCCUCUUCUCCGCUGCUUACUACCGGUCAUCUGCUCGGGAGGUUAAGCGACACGAAGCUCUACUCCGCAGUUUUGUCUUCGCCAAAUUCAGCGAAGGUGUGUCGGGGACCGCCACGAUCCGGGCGUAUGGGCUUCAGGAUAAACUUUCACAAGAGGUCCGCAAGUCGAUCGAUAACAUGAACAGCGCAUAUUACCUGACCUUUGCCAAUCAACGAUGGCUCAGUAUGAGACUCGACAUUGUCGGUAUCCUGCUGGUCUUCACUGUCGGUAUCCUGGUGGUCACCAACCGAUUCGAUGUGGAACCCAGCACUGGCGCCCUUGUCCUAAGUUACAUCUUAUCCAUCGUUCAGAUGAUUCAGUUCACCGUCCGCCAACUCGCGGAAGUGGAGAACAACAUGAACUCGGCCGAACGCCUCCACUACUACGGCACCGAGAUUGAAGAAGAAGCACCUCUCCAUGCUGUUCAAGUCCGACCGACUUGGCCCGAGCACGGCGAGAUCAUCUUUGAUGAAGUUCAGAUGCGGUAUCGUGCCGGUCUCCCUCUCGUGCUCAAGGGCCUCAACAUGCAUGUCAAGGCCGGCGAGCGUAUCGGUGUGGUCGGCCGCACAGGCGCUGGGAAAUCCAGCAUCAUGAGCACUCUGUUCCGACUCACGGAGCUGUCCGGUGGAACCAUCUCCAUCGACGGCGUUGACAUUAGCCAAGUCGGACUAUAUGAUCUUCGCUCCCGCCUUGCCAUCAUUCCGCAGGACCCGACCCUCUUCCGCGGAACGAUUCGCACCAAUCUGGAUCCGUUCAAUGAGCACAACGACCUCGAACUGUGGACGGCCCUGCGCCAAGCUCACCUCGUCGACGCCGAAGCGACCAUGGAUGACCGCUCCGGACGCAUCCAAUUGGACGGCAUCGUCGAAGAAGAGGGGCUCAACUACUCCCUCGGUCAACGCCAAUUGAUGGCGCUCGCUCGUGCGCUCGUCCGCAACUCCCAGAUCAUCGUCUGCGAUGAGGCCACUUCCUCGGUCGACAUGGAGACCGACCAGAAGAUCCAGCAUACGAUCGCCACGGGAUUCUACGGUAAGACGUUGCUGUGCAUUGCGCAUCGGUUGAAGACGAUUAUCGGGUAUGAUCGGAUCUGUGUCAUGGAUAACGGGCAGAUUUCCGAGUUGGAGGCGCCAUUGGUGCUGUACGAUCGGGAAGAGAGUAUCUUUAGGAGCUUGUGUGAGAGGAGUGGGAUUACCAGGGAGCAUUUCUUCCAGGCGAAGGCAGAGAUGGGAGAGUUGUAG